GUUUUCCGUCUGCUUUCAGUUCAGCAGUUUAUUUACUAUGUUCGAUUACGUUAGUCGUUAUUGUAAAGCAAAAAGAAUGUAACGUUUGAAUAUUUGUCAAUUAAGAAACUGUUUAAUUAUCUGAAAAGUAAUUGUAGUGUAUUAAAAUACAUAAUAUUAAAUAGUGUUUCGUGUUUAUAAGCUGUAUUAAUAGUAGUUUGCCCUCAGUUUGCCUAAAGGCUAUCGACAACGCCAUGGAAACAAGAAUUCCAUCACCAGCGCGCUCUCUUGGCGCUGCUGCAUCUCCCCGUCGACACCGUUCACGAAAAACACGAAGUGUAGGCUCACCUGCUCGAUCAGCAGCAUCUGGCAGAUUGUCGUCUGUUAUUCAAUUUCAUGAUAAGAAUAAGGACUCGUUUCAUCUAUCUCCGAUUCCCACCAGACGAUCUGUGUUAAAUGAUGACACUGAUAUUGAAGAACCAAGAAGAAGAAGCUGGUGGAAAAAACUUAGUAAUAAUUCCAGAGAUGUCAUGGAGGUCUUAAAUGAAAAUAAAGUAUUGGAAACAAAUGAGGCAGUUGAGGAAUACAUUGAUAUUGAAGUAUUAAGUCAGGAGCAGAAAAACUAUAUAAUGGAUCUUCCAGAAAGUAGUGACAGUGAAUCAAUCAGCAGCAUAGUGAUACCUCAACGAAAACUCUUCACACAAAAGGAAAACCUACCACAAAAGAAAUUUGGACAACUCAUUGAAACGAGAGAGACAUUAGCAAAACUACACAAGACAACAAACAGCGAUAAAACAUUAAAUGUGGCCCCAAGAAACUUAUUUAGCCAAGCACCAAAGACGAAGUCUAAACCAGUCUUCCCUGCAGCAUUACUGAAUAUAUCUCCAAACAAAACUGCAAAUAAGACAAAAGAAACUACAGUUACAGAAGUCAGGGGACAAGUUCGUACUCUAUUUGGUAAUAAAGGAGGUACUAAGCGCAAGAAUAUGUUUGCUGACUUCAUUGUAUCUGACAGUGAUGAAGACAUUUCAGAAAUUCAACCAAAAGUGUUUGGUUUUCAAAGGAAAGAUAAACCACAACAAGAACCUUCAACUGCAUAUAAAAGAGAUACAUCACCAACUUCGAGUAUCACCAUAGAAAAUGAAAUGGAAGAUUGGAAACUUUUGCCUUCAUCUACAAUGGUUGAAAAUCAAUUAGAAGAAAUGAUGACAACUGGUAAAACACCAUUGAAAAGAGCAAAAUUAAGCCAUUUAAAAAGAGCACGAUUAAGCAAAGAAGGCGAUGAAGAAAUCCCAAGACUAAACGGAGAAAAUGGCGGCAAAAACUUAGAGAUAAAUGAAGAAAAUGAUGAUAAAAACCUAGAAGUGAAUGAAGAAAAUAAUGAAGAAGAUCUAGAGACAAAUGAAGAAAAUAGUGAAAAGAACCAAAAGGUAAUUGAAGAAAAUGAUAAAGAAAAUUCAAUAGUAAAUGAAGAAUUCUCAGUAUUAACUGACGAAGAUAACCUAGAAACUAAUAAAGAAAACGAUGAAAAAAACCUUAGUGUUCAAGAAUGUCUAGAAGUAAAUGACGGAGAAAACCUAAAAGUAAAUGAGGUAAACGGUGAAGUAAGUCGCGAAGUAAAUGAUGAAGAAAACCUACAGACAGACGAAGAAAAUGAACAAAAUCUAGAAGGAAAUAAUAGAGAUAAUCUAGAUAUAAAUGAAGAAAAUGGUGAAGAAAGUCCAAAAGACAAUGAAGAAAACCGCGAAGUAAAUGACGAAGAAAACCUAGAGAUAGAUGAAGAAAACCUAGAAGUCAUUGAAGAAAACUUAGAAGUAAACGAAGAAAACAUAGUAGUUUAUAAAGAAAAUGACGUCGAAAACCUAGAGAUGAAUAAAGAAAAUGAUAAAGAAUAUCUAACAGUAGAUAAAGAAAACCUAGAAGUAAAUGAGGAAAAUGACGGAGAAAACUUAGGAAUAACUGAAGACAAUGAUGAAGGUCACCAAGAAGAAAAUGAUAACGAAAAUAGCGAACAAAAUGAAGAAAGUGACGAUGAAAAUCAAGAAGCGAAUGAAACAAUCAAUGACAAUGUCCUAGAAGUAAAUAACGCAGAAAAUUUAGAGACAAAUGAGGAAAAUCCAAACUCAAAUAACAUAAACUUAGAAAUAAAUGAAGAAAAUGACAUAGAAAACCUAGAGAUAAAUGAAGAAUAUGAAGAAGAGCACAAAAAAGAAAAUGAUGACGAAAACCAAGAACAAAAUGAAGAAAGUGAUGAUGAAAGUCAAGAAGUGAAUGUUGAAAGCGAUAGAGAAAAUCAAGAAGUAAAUGAAGUAAGUCAAUUAGAUAUUCAAGAAGAGCACGAAGAAAGUGACAUUGACGCCCUACAAUAUGAAGAAAGUGAUGUUGACGUUCAAGAUGAACAAGAACAAAGUGACAAGGAAGAAAUAGAGGAACAAAAUGAAGUAACACAACAAGAAAGUGAAAGAGAAGAGUCUGACGAAAGAAACCAAGAGACACGAGAAGAAAGCGAUAGAGAUUUCGAUGAGGAUGAUCAAGAACAAGUGGAAACUCAGGAAAUGGCUUCAAAUAAUAGCUCUGCGGAAAUCGAGGACACCAAUGAGAACGAAGUACAAAUUGACGAUGGCGACAAUGAACAAAUUGUCGAUGAAAACGUAGAAGAAAAUGGUACUCCAAAUGUUUCACAUGACACAACAGGCCGACAUAGAAAGAAGGAACAUUCUAAAGAGAACUCGCCCCAAGUUAUUCUUUACGAUCAAACAAGACAAAUGGAAUCUUUUAUGCAAAAAGGUCGCAAUACAAGCUUAAGACGAACUAGUUUAAUGAAAAGCAUGAAUGUUAGGGCUAGUCUAGCACCACCUAAUGAAAGCAUCGCACUUUCAGAUGGAACUAGAAACUCUAGCGCCGAAGGUUCGGGCUGGGAUUCCCAUAGAACCACAAGAAAAACGUUACGACAAACAUUUGGUAAAGAUUUCAGUCCUAGAAAGUCAUUACGUACUCUUGUUAUAGAAAAAUCUGCUAAACGACAAACAGCUUUCGCUGAUGUUACCUCUAUAUCAUCGAAAGUACCAUUAGGUAAUUCUACAGAACUACCGGAAGCUCCAAAUUUACAAGAUGAACUUGCAACUGAAGCCAAUCAUGAUAUUUCGAAGAGAACACGACAGACUACAUUAGAAUUAUAUUUGCAGAAAAUCAAAACCCAAAAUUUAGAAAGAAAAAUGAAAAUGGAGGAAAAUGUAAGAAAUACACUUAAAGCACCAUCAAAAGACAUUUUAAAUCCAUUCAAAGUACCUUCGAAAUCCAUGUUUUCUGCGAAGAAAACAAAUAUGAAACAAGUUCAGAAUAAAUCAAAACCCAAAACAAUAAAAUCAACUCUUAUAAAUUUUGCCGAUUUACCCCCGGAAAUGAUAGAAGACAUGAAAUAUAAACCUCCUAAGCGUUACCAGCCCAGCAACGCAUCUUGGAUCACCAAACGUUUAUAUAAAUUCUUCGAAACAAAACUAGAGCCAAAGUAUGAUUACAAAGCUAGAGUCCGUGCUGAGAAACUAGUGGAGACGUUGUAUCAGUUCGCUAAGGAGUUGAGGCGCGUGGCGGUGGCGCCCGCCGCCGCCGUGGACGCGCUCAAGCACGAGAUGGCGCGCCUGUUGAUUGUGGACACGCACUACGAGUUCUACCAGUUCUUCCACGACUACAUGCCCAGGGAGGUCAGAGUGAAAGUGGUACCUGAUGUUGUGAAUAAAAUUCCUCUACCCCGACACGGGAUAUUCUCUGAAAUCCUGCGUGGGCACACUGUCCAUGAAUAAUCUAUGAUAUAUUAAUUUGUAAGGACUAUCUGAACUAUGUAUGUAAUAAAAUUAUUGUUUUUUUUUUUAUACGGGUUUGAUUGUUAUACUUGUCGCAAUCCUGAAAUGUUCUCUACAUCUUUAUUGCAAUGCUUCUGUAGCUAAAAAAAUUAAUGAAAUCCAAUCCAAAACGAACAGCGGUAGAAAAGUAAAAACUAACUUUAUAUUUUAUAAAACAUGUCUUUAUUUAUAUAGUGGCACUUACAGU